AGCAGAGCUCUGCAUAUUUAAUAUAUUGAAGUGCGCUAGGUUCUUGGUUCUCAGUCGCCGUCGUCGAUGAUCAUAAGUCACUGGUGUCGGGUUUGCUCAUUCGUGGUGGAUCGAAUCUUGCGAUCAGCAAUGGGCAAAAUUUCUGCCAUUGUUGGCGUAGCUCUUGCGGCCUUUAUGAUUUUCAUCAUUGUAGCAGACUCUGCUGAGGCCAAUCAAUCAAUUCGACGCGUUAUUGUCGACGUCGAUGCUGGCCCCGAUGACGCGUGGGCACUUUAUCACCUGCUCAGCAGCCCGCAGGUCAAGGUUGAGGCCAUCAGCUGUGUGCGAGGUAACACGAACGUGACCAUGGUGGGUCGAAACGUGCUGCGGAUACUGACCGCAAUGGGAAAGGAGAAUGAGAUUCCAGUUUUCUUGGGGUCUGAUGAACGCCUGAUUACGCCUGGACCGGUUGUGGACCCCAAGGAUAUGUACUUUGGAGCGGACGGAUUUUCAGACGUAGAUUACUCCCAUUUGCCUCCGCCGAAUAUGGCGCUACUUCGAACGGGUGCCAUUGGUGAACUUGCGAGACUUAUUGAAAAGUAUCCUUCAGAAAUAACGUUUAUCACCUUGGGACCGCUAACAAACCUCGCUCUGCUGUUGAAAGUCCACCCGAAAACCCGCCAGCUGAUCAAGGAAGUUUUCGUGAUGGGCGGAAACCGGCACGGUGUUGGCAACACUGAAAGUGCCGCCGAGUUUAACUUCUACAACGACCCCGAGAGCGCCAAUAUCGUGGUCAACAACUACCCAGGGCUGAUCACGGUAUUUCCGUGGGAGACUGUUUCGCUCGAUCAUCUCGUGAUGAAUCAAACGUGGCGGUUCGAGAAGAUUGUAAGCUCCACGAAUCCUGUGGUACAAAUUUUGAACCCAGCUGAGCGAAAGUCGUUGGGUGAAGGUGACAACUGGAUGCCCUGCGAUCUGCUGGUGGCAAUGGCCUUCACCAAUCCGGAACUGAUCACAAAAAGGAAACAAUAUCCGGGAAGUGUGGAACUUGCCGGAUCGCUGACACGUGGUCAGCUCGUGCUGAACCAUCAAAAGGAGGGAACUGGAAACAUUGUGAUUGUGGAUAACAUGGACCACGCCGCGGUGGAGCGAAUGAUCAUGGGAUUGGCCGCGGAAUGCAAGGCAUGUGCUGGUUCAGGAUGAGAACUAAACUUUUAUGGAAAAUAUAUUUAUUUUAACACUAA